AUGCCGUCUGUCACUGUGGCGCCUCGCGAGCUGCUUUGGUACCAUCAGAUGCAGAGAGAGAACCGCCAUCUUCUCGAGCAAGUCAAAAGACAACAAGCCGAUCUGGACAAGAUCAAGAGUCAAUCAUCUGCCGACCAAGAACAAAGAGAACAAAUCAAGCAGCGUCUUUCUGAACUCGAGACGAAGCAAGCUACGACCACUGAUCGCAGAAGGGAAGAUUUUGAGCGGGAGAAGGAGAUAUUGAAGCGGGUCGGCAAACUUGAAGAGUCUUUUGAGACGCUUCGCAGAGCCAACGACAGUCAACCUAUGGCUACAGCAGCUGUCAAUCAGUGGCAAACGCUCGAACAGAGGCUUGACAUGCUUGAACAACGCCAUGCAAGGGUCCCAGAGCUGGACGUGCAACAACUCAACCAGAGAAUCAAUGCCUUGGCUAAGGUGGUGAACAACCCCGUCAAAGAUCCACGCAACCUCGGUCACCAGCAUGCCAACAAUGAAAGCAUGGAUCAAGCAGCAGGAGCUGGCGACGAUGCUACAAGAACGUCCGGAGGAAGACAGAUCGGAGAAGAAAAGGGCAAGGAGAAGAUGCAAACUGAACGAGAGCCGUCCCUCCAGAGACGCUCAAGUUUUGUUCAAACGAGAAGACGUGCUGGAGAGAAGCUUAUCUCAUUCAGGCCUACUCCUCCAGAUCUGGCCUGGUAA